UCUUGGAAAUUAAAAUACUUUAUUAAUAUUAAUAAUAGUAGUACAUAUAUUCAGUAGUUGCAAGAAGAAUUCUUUCUUUUUGUAUUUAUAUUUUUGGCUCUGCUUCUCUCUCUAAAGUUGCUCGCUUUUCUCUUCAGAGAGAGAGAGAGAGAGAGAGAGAGCGUGGCCCAGCAGAUCGAAAUCUCCAAUCUUUAGUUGUGUUUGAUGAGGAUCUGAAGGGCCUUCAAUGGAGUUACCAAACCACUCAUUUAAUUACUUCUUUGUUUCAUUUGACAAUUAUUAGUAUUAUUGCUUUUGUUCCUUUCUCUUUUGCUUCUUUCACUUUUUUCUUGUUUGUUGGGUAUAUAUUUUCUGAAUUUUUACAUGAUUCUGAGUUCUUGUUCACUUCGAGACACUGUUGGAUGAUUCAAUCUGUGAAGGGUUCUUGAGAAGGGGCGGUUUCAGGAUGUGGGUCUGAGGAAUGGGAACAAAAGUACAUUACAAAAGCUACCUGCCAGGAUAUUACUCCAUGAGGGAUCUUAAUGAGGAUUCUAGCAGUAGUAGCUGGCCCCUAUGUUAUGGAGACAAGGCCAUAACAAACGGGCAGUGUUACAAUGGUUUCGUGCCAAGAAAUACAUUAGAUGGUUAUCCAGGUUAUGACAAGGAUGCAUUGAAGCAAAAAAUGCUUGAGCAUGAGGCUGUUUUCAAGAAUCAGGUUUAUGAACUCCACCGUCUUUACAGAAUUCAAAGGGACAUGAUGGAAGAAGUCCGAAGGAAAGAACUACAAAGACUCCGAGAGUCAAUGGAGCCAUCGUCUUCAUCAAGUCUUCGAGGAUCUCAUGUGCCGUCAGAAGAUGCUCGGAAGUGGCAUAUGGCUGGGUUUCCUUUGUUGAAUUCUGGUUAUGGUAGGACGUCUUUAUCGGGAAUUGAAAUUGUUAAUUCUCCUAUGAGUUGUACAAAAGGGACAGACACAGGGCCUGGUAAGUUUCUGUUCCAGAACGGGUCUGUAUCAAAGGACUCUGAAGCAUUGGAUUUAAGACCCUUGAAGGUCAGGAAGAAGUUGUUCGAUCUUCAUCUUCCAGCCGAUGAAUACAUUGAUACAGAAGACAAGGAAAAGUUACCCGAUUGCAGAGUGUCUGAGAUAUCAAGUUUUGCUCCUAACGGCGACGUAAAAGGUGCAACGGAAAGUAGUAUGAAAUUAUCCAUUGGUGAUCGUGCUGGUUUGGAGACUGACUGCCGGAUGGCUGCAUCAGCUUCUGCUUCCUGUUUGAGGAAUUCUACCAGGAUGGCCGAUCUAAAUGAACCUGUUCAGACAGAAGAGGCAGUAGCUCCCUCUUCUCUUGAUUUUCUUGGUCAGAGUUCUCUCAGUGGAGAUGCUAGAGGCCUAAAUCAGCAUGCUAAACCAGGCGCGGGUUUAGGUGUUAAGGAAGAAACCAUACAUAUCCGUAAUGGAUUUUUUAUCAACUCUUCUGUUGAAAGAAAAGUUAAUGAUAGGGGCCAGCUCUCCCACAUAUAUGAAGCAGGGUCCAGUAAAAGUAACCUCAAUUACAUAACUCACGGCCGUCAGCAAGAUAAGAUGCCUAUGCCUUUGCAUCCGGUGGAAGACAUGCUUAACCCAGUCAAUCUUCCUCGAAUAUAUCCUACGGGUUGUAGUAGAGAAGAUCUGCGGAGGGAUGGAAACCACCAUGAUUUAGAAUUGUCUGACAGAAAUCCUGAUCGCCCCAAUAAUGGCCACUUGGAACCACUUUUAGCUUCCCAGGCCCCUGGUUCAUACCCAUUCUUUGGUUCUUCUUGUUUGCCCAGUUCGUGGGCUCAGAAUGUCUCGUCUUGGGCAAAGCCGUCUUUAAAUUCCGCUGCAGUAAUGGGUCGAAGUUUUCAGACUUCAGCUCCUAGUCAAGAACCUUUUGGAGGAAAGUGGCGAGUAGGUGUGAGUUCUAGGUCGAAUCCAGGUGUGGAAGGCCAACUAACGAUGCUGAAUGGGUUUUAUCAGGGAUCUGCAUCGGGAUCCAAAGAACCAAAUGUUCACUUACCAUCAGCUGGCUUUGAUAACCUUAACUGCAGUAGAAGUGAUUAUGUAGCAUCUCACCGCUCGACUAAUCAUGGAAUUGGAAAUUUUCUGAAAGACUCCUGUCAUGAGGACUCAAAGCCUGUGAUAGAUAUCAACUUGAAUGAGGUAGUUUCGAAGGAUGAUGUGAUCCUUCAAGAUCUCACUAUGAUAGAUGGAAUACGAAAGCCUGAAGAGGACCAUCGUUCAGCAUUGCCAUGGUUUAAACGUAAGCCUGCCCGUGCAGAUGAUCUCCCAAAGAGUGAAACAGUUAGAGAUCUUAAUCAACCAUGCAACCUGAAAGUUAUGUUGGCUUCAAGUGAUUGUGAGAUCGUUGAGACUCAAAAUGUUAAGAAAAUUCUUGGGUUUCCCAUUUUCGAAACGUGUGUUUGGAGAAAUGAGCCAUCACCCCAUGUUUCCACCUCGGCAAGUGUUGGCUGUGGACCUGAAGAGAACAAUGCAGGUAAGGAAAGGAAGAACAGAAUAAUUGAUAUAAAUCUAGAGUGUGAGCCGGAUGAGCAGAUAAAUGAAGAAGAUCUGACAGCAGAGAACGAAAAGCUGACAAAGGGUUCCUCUACCAGAGAAUACAUUGAUUUGAACUCUUGCGUUAGCGACUGUGAAGAUCCUUCGGCACCCUCAUUCGAAAGCAAGACCCCCAGCGUUAAGAUAGCUUUGGAGAUAGAUUUGGAAGCUCCCGUUAUCCUGGACGAGGAUGAUAACCUCACCUUGAAGGAAAAUACAGCUGGUGGGUCAUCCUUGCAAUCUUUAGAAAAUAAGAACGAACCUCUCCAGGAUGAAGUUCUUAGAAACGCAGCUGAAACAAUAGUUUCCAUCUCAUCAUCUUGCCCACAAAUCCAUAUAGGUGAUGAGAUUUCCCCCAUGCCAGAAGCAUCCUUGGCUGACUCGCUCCUCUGGUUUGUUAAUGCUCUAACCUCUUGUGCAAAUGAACUUGAGAGCACAUCCGGUAAUGGGCCGACAGCUAGAGAAGACUCACCCGAGGAGGUGGACGAUUUUGAGGCUAUGACAUUGCAACUACCAGAGACAAAAGAAGAAGACUACAUGCCCACACCUUUUGUUCCUGAAGUUCAGAAAGUCGAAGACACAGGAGCCAAUACAUUACCAACCAGGUCUAGAAGGGGUCAGUCGAGGAGAGGAAGGCAGCGGAGGGACUUUCAACGGGACAUCCUUCCUGGGCUAGCAUCAUUGUCUAGGCACGAGGUGACCGAGGACCUCCAGACGUUCGGGGGGCUGAUGAGAGCCACAGGCCAUCAUUGGAAUUCAGGAUUGACAAGAAGAAACGGCACCAGAAAUGGAGGUGCUCGGGGGAGACGGCGAGCUGUGGUGGAAACCGUCUCGAAUGCCAGUCCAAGCCCAGUUUGCACUCCCCUGAUUCAGCAACUCAAUAGCAUUGAAGCUGGUCUGGAGGACAGAAGCCUAACAGGGUGGGGAAAGACACCAAGACGGCCCCGACGACAAAGAUGCCCUGCGGGUAAUCCUCCUACCAUCGUGUUAACCUAAUAAUGGAGAGAGUGAUUGUUUUAUUGACUGGGAAUUUCAUAGAGACACACAUAAGACAUCAAGGACCUCUUUUUAUGACUCUUUUUUCGAGCGUGGGAUCGAUGUGAUCUUGGUUACGUUUAUCUUUGUAAAUGUCACUGUAUCUCAUCUCAUCAUGAUUCUGAGUCUUGGUGAUUAUGUUACCAACUUGUAUUAUUUUUAGGAAUAAUACUUGUUUGAUUCUAUCUUGAUAUAUACACGGCUUUGU